GCGUAAUGAAAACCAACCAAUAAAACUCCAUUUUACCGCGUAGCAGAAAAAAAAAAAAAACGCAGUUUCCAGCCCAAUCAUCGACCAUCGAUGCUCACGCUCGCUCACUGCCAACCAUUUUCUCAUCUCCACCCUCCCCUCUCGGUGAAAAGGACCCGAACCAGAACUCGAGCGUCGAUGGAUCCAACUGUCAGUAAACCGGCGGUGACCGGAUUCCCUUACCUGCCGCCGUCGCAUAGAGAUCUGAUGGUAGACCUUCUCUCUUCCAUCGAGGCUCGGCUGGGCCCCACCCUCCUCCCCUCGCGGGUCCCACCGGACGUUCUCUACUUUGAGAACCAGCAGGGCACUUCGCAGGGCGCGCUCGACAUCAGAUCCGGCGCUCAAGAUUCCUCGGUUGAUUUCAUAUUACAAUCAUGGCUCCAUUGCAAGGUUCCUACUGGGGAUCUCAACAUAACCACAGUUUUCGCCUUCCUCAAUGCCUCAACUGAUGCGCCUCACCUUUUAAUGGAGUUCAUACAAGGAAGCCCAACAUCCCUCAUCCUUUUCAUGGACUUGCUACCGAGAAAAGAUCUCGUCCUUCAUCCUGAGUAUCUCGAUGAAUUCUACAACACCACCAAUUUGGACAAAUCAAGGCAAGACCUUAAUCAACUACCUCAAGUUUCUCCUUAUCUCUCCUCCUCUCUUUACAUCCGGAGUGUUCUGUCUCCAACAGCCACUGCAGUUAAUGUUAAUUGUGGAGAAGGAGGAGAGAGUUGUUUUGAAGAGCUAAUUAGGGUUCAUGUCAGCCAAGCUGCGAAGGAUAUUGUUGGAGUUUGGACCAACAAAUGUGUAAAUAAAAUGAAAGCCUUGGAGGAGAGUGAGCGAGUUGGAUUGUUGAAAAGGGAUGAAUUAAUUAAGAAUAAGACUGUUGAGAUUGAUCUUGCUGCUAACUUACCGAGAUUGUUUGGUUCAGAGGUCGCCAGCAGGGUUGUUGCAGAAAUACAAAAGGCUUUUAGGAUAAGGUAGAGGUAGGAAGUGAGGGUUAUUGUUUAAAAGAUUCAUGAUUUGAAGAAUGUAUAUGCGAUACUUGAGAAGAAAGCUCUGGAGUACAGAGUACUUAUAGUCUUACUAGUUUUCUCGCAUGUGAUGCACUUU